AUGGCGAGCGCGUCGAGCCCGCGUCAACGGUGGGCGGCGGCGCGGUGGGGCAUGGAGCCGGCGGUGGCGCCAGGUAAACCCUGCCUACGACACCCAGCUCGCCCUCCUCCUCCCGCCCCGCAGCAACUGCCCCGCGGCGACCCUCGCCCAGCGCCCCCAAUCCCGUCGGCGACCCUCGCCCCUCCCGGCGCCCGUCGCCGCUCCUUCAGCCUCCACACGAGCCCCAACUCCUUCAUCUUGGUGCUUCUCGACAUCUGCGACCCGCGCGCCUCCCCGAUCUGCGCGCUCACCACUGCCUCCCGCCUCCCACUGCGGGGAGCAGCGGCGGCGGGCCCUCCCUCUCCUUCAUCCGCGGCGGCACAGGGGGACACGGCGGCGGGCGGAGCAGGUGCGCGAAGCGGCGGCGGCGGAGCAGCGGCGGGCGGCAGGCACGGCGACGGCGCGGCGUGCGGCCACCGGGCGGGCAGCUGCCGGCACUCGCGGCGGCUGGCUCCCGUACCCGACCAACCACCGUGUCACCUGACCCUCCAUCUCCGAUUGCUCCCGUGCGCCUCACCCAUCUUCGGUGUCCCUGCAGAUGGCGACAGCUGCCUGUCUAAACCCCCAGGGGGAGUUCCAGAAAGUGGAAUCGUGGGCUCGUGGCUGACUCUUGAUCCAUACCUUGACCCCGGAUCUGGUGAUGCUGCAAUUGAGACCAAGUACAUUGUAUAGACGAUUGAGCAACCGCAUUGCAAUCCAUUUUGAUCAAUGGUGUCCCAUCCAUGGGGGAUCCCGUCCAUCCUGCAUCAAUAGACAGAAGGUAUGCAGGAUCCCUCCAACCAUCAUCAUUUUUUUGUAUGAGUCAUCUCAUGGCCUGGAAACCUCUGAAAACAACCAUGAGCGUGGAAUUGUAAGCUCGAUGUGAGCAAAGCUUCUGCAAGCUCCUCCUUAGGCAAAAAUAGUUUGUGCUGAUUAAUAAAAUAAAUUUGUAACUUAAUUAGGCCUGUGCAGCACGCAAUCAACUGAACAACCAGGUGCAAGUGUGUUUUAGCAUAUGAAUAUGUAUGAAGUUCAAUUUUUCUUUUUUGCACUAGGGAUUAAUAAUUCUGAUUCCUGAUGUAUGAUCAGGUCAAGCUGUUGGUCAUUGAAGGUGACAUUUCGCUGAACUCUGUUCUGCCUACUAUGAUAGCUCAAGCUCGGCUCUUUGAACCUGAGUCCAUACUUUAGUCAACUGAUCAUAUUAGUUCUAAUAGUUAAUCUUGGCUUAUAUGCAUUCUAUAAAUUCUGAAGUACAUUAAAUUGGUAUGGAUUCAUAUUAGGUUCAAGAAGGUUCUCCUAAAUUAGUUCUACAUUUGUUUGCUAGAUUAAAUAGAGGUUUUUACAUUCACAGGAGUCAUUAUUUGUGACAUGGAAAAUAAAUGAUAUAUUCCAACGGUGCACAAUAUUAUUGAACAACUAUCCAUAUGCAUGCUUAUGUAUUCUGAAAUUUCAGUAUCCAAUUAUGCAUGCCACUUUACUUGCUGCAAGACCAUUUAUAUAUUGUUGCGAUGCCUGUCUUUGAAUGUGGACAUCAUAGUAUCUUGUCAAUUCCUGCUGAUUUGGACUGAAUAAUUUAUUGACAAAUUCCUAAGUCUGCAGCCAGUUCGUGCACCUGACUAUAUCAUGUCUAUGGGGUUGUUGCAAUACAAUUCCAACCUAUUGUUACUUGAUAAUAGUUUUGCUCUUAUGUAGUGUGUAUAGGCUGUCUUUAACCUGCAUAUACUAAUAAUUCUUAGCUCUUAUACAAAUUGCAGUAUGCCUGCUGGGAAUUAUACUUUUUGCAUCAAAUGUUUCCUGCUGAACUGCUCUCUUGUGGGAAUUAUACCUUCCUAACUGAUUACUAGUUCAAGUCACGCAGUUAAGGUUGGAUUAGAUUGUCGACCCCAUUGCUUUGCUAACUGUACUAGUGUUUGGAGACUUUUAUUUGUGUCACUAGAUGAGUUCCUGUUCAGAAUUCAGAUAUGCAUCUUGUUUUUGUUCAGAGAUGUAAACGUUCAAAUAGUGUAUGCUUCUUAGUUGUUACUGCAAGAUAUGCACUCACCUGAACGAUGCUGAUUUGAUUUGCCAAUCCAAUUUUGGUGUUACGUGAAGACUUGGAUUGGUUUGAUUGCCUGAUAGGAGUUAAUAUAUUUGGAUCAGUAUACUUUCUUAAUUAUUGCAGAUGUUCUGAAGCAUUGGCCCCUCUAUACAUUGUGGUUUGUUCUAUUUGAAAUGCUUAUGGUAUGCCCCAUUGGCUUCAUGUUUGAUCCCUAAGAUUGGGUGUUGCUGUCUCUGCAGCGAUGAAGGGGUCGGUCCUGCUGCUUUCCUGCAGAGCCCAUUCUGACUGAAGCUGGUGACGACGAGCAGAAGACCGACUAUGAUGUGAAUCCCCCAAUCUCUGCUGACUCCGACCCAAACACAGCCUUUUGGAGUAUCCUUUGUACAGGUGUUGGGCGCUAGGACCAUCUUCCUGUGAAACUUAAAUGUGCUGAGGAAGUCAACCUAUAAAAAUGAUGGCAGCAUAUUCAAGCGUUUCCCCCCCUUUAUUUUCAGGAUCUGAGAUGGCCACAGUGAUCUCCAUUGACCAUGCCAUCUUUGAUUGGGGCCCAUCAUUACCAUUAGGUGUUCAGGGACAGUUCCCCUUGUUCAUCAGUUGAUGGAUUUUUUUCUGGAGCAUCUAUUGUACAGUAGAUGGAUUCCGAGUUUCAUGUGAGGAUUGCAUAGUUAGAGCUUUUGUGUAUAGGUUCUCAGGAAAAUGUAAGUUCUGAGUGGCAGAUAAUAGAAAUAUGACACCCAUCUUCUGCGUUUAUGAUAUUUAUGAACCGGCUCAGAAAAAAUGUGUGGUGUUUGCAAGGUAAUGAGAUUUUGCAUCGACAUAUUUUAGUACAUGAGAUUGGGAGAUUAACAGGAUGUAAUUUUGAUGAUAACUAUAUAUUUAUUGUAAAUAACAGAAUUUUUGUGUCUGGCAACUGCAAAACAUUUUUGUUUUCCAA